CUUGGAUCGAAGAGAUCCGUUGCGGUCUCUUACCGGUACCAGUAGCGUACUAAUGGCACCACCAUCGUCCAUUAUCCAUUUGUCCUUUUGUUGCUGUCAAAGUGGCGAAAGUAGAGUAGAGUCGAGUCUAUCAUCUAUCUAUUGCUAAUAACAACUUGAACCAUGUCAAACGAGUACGAGAAAGAGAGUGAUUAUGGUUUCAUCUUCAAGGUCUCCGGACCUCUUGUUGUCGCCGACAACAUGAGUGGAGCGGCCAUGUACGAAUUGGUUCGUGUCGGUCACUCCAAGUUGGUCGGAGAAAUCAUCAAGCUCGAGGGAGACACCGCCUCCAUUCAGGUCUACGAGGAUACCAGUGGUCUUACCGUUGGUGACCCCGUCCUUCGUAAGAAGCAGCCUCUUUCGGUGGAAUUGGGUCCUGGAAUCAUGGGAACCAUUUUCGAUGGUAUUCAGCGUCCUUUGGAGAGUAUUUUCCAAGGCACCGGUGAUGUCUACGUGCCCAAGGGUGUGGAUGUGCCCUGUUUGAGCCGUGAUAUCCGAUGGACAUUCACUCCUGGAUCCUUCAAGGAGGGACAGCCCAUUACUGGAGGAGAUGUGAUUGGAGAAGUCUACGAGAACGAAAUCAUUGACUGCCACAAGGUGCUCUGUCCACCCAACGUAUACGGAACUGUUAAGAAGAUCAACACCACAGGAACGGAUGGAAAGGAAACCUUCUCGGUGGAUGAUGUCGUCAUGGAGGUCUUUAACGAAGCCCAAAACAAGACACACAAGCUCACCCUCAGCCACUUUUGGCCCGUGCGUCGUCCUCGUCCCAUUACCGAAAAGUUGCCAGGAAAUGCUCCCCUAAUCACCGGACUGCGUGUCAUUGAUGGUCUUUUCCCAUCUGUCCUGGGAGGAACCUGUGCCGUGCCAGGAGCUUUUGGUUGCGGAAAGACUGUCAUUAGUCAGUCUCUUUCCAAGUUCUCCAACUCUGACGCCAUUGUCUAUGUUGGUUGCGGAGAGCGUGGUAACGAGAUGGCGGAAGUGUUGUGUGACUUCCCAGAGUUGACCAUGACUAUCAAUGACAAGGAAACCGGAAAGGAGAAGGAAGUCGGAAUCAUGAAGCGAACUACUCUAGUUGCCAACACAUCGAACAUGCCUGUCGCUGCUCGUGAGGCUUCUAUUUACACUGGUAUCACUCUUGCCGAGUACUUCCGCGAUCAAGGAAUGAAUGUUUCCAUGAUGGCUGACUCCACUUCUCGAUGGGCCGAAGCUCUUCGUGAGAUUUCGGGACGUCUUGGAGAGAUGCCUGCCGAUUCUGGUUACCCAGCCUAUUUGGGUGCCCGUCUGGCUGCUUUCUACGAACGUGCCGGCCGCGUCUCUUGCUUGGGAUCCCCCGACCGCGAAGGUACUGUUUCCGUCGUUGGAGCCGUCUCGCCUCCUGGUGGAGAUUUCUCCGAUCCUGUUACAGCCGCAACACUUUCCAUUGUACAAGUCUUCUGGGGAUUGGAUAAGAAGCUCGCUCAGCGUAAGCACUUCCCCAGUCUCAACUGGCUCAUCUCCUACACCAAAUACAUGCAGGUCCUUGAGCCUUAUUUCAAUAACCUGGAUUCGCAAUACAGUUACCUCCGAAACCAAGCACGUACCAUCUUGCAGCAGGAGGACAACUUGAGCGAGAUUGUCCAGCUGGUAGGAAAAGAGAGUUUGUCUGAGGAUCAGAAGGUUAUCAUGGAAGUUGCUAAACUUAUCCGCGAGGAUUUCCUUGCCCAAAACGCCUUUACCGAGCACGAUUACACCUGCCCUCUGCCCAAGACGGUUGGUAUGUUGAAGGUCAUUAUCACUUUCUACGAUCUCUGCCAGAAGGCCAUCGCGGACUCUCCUGCGACGUCCAAGCUCACAUACGCCCACAUCAAGACUGCUCUGGCCCCCAUUAUCCAGAAGGUGGUUGACACCAAGUAUGUGGAUCCCAAGUCGCACACUAAUGAUAUCAACAAGGGCUACGGUCUUCUCGUUGACGAAAUGAAGCAGGAGUUCCAGACUCUUACCGAUGGCAUGUAAGUCACUACUUCGAUGCGUUCCAGAGAUGAAGUCAAAACGUAGAAUUUAAAAGAUACCUAGCUAGUCGAAAAGAGUUGGG